AUAGCCAGCUUUGACUUUUGACCAGUAGAUUGUGAUCUCUUCCAUCUGAAAUUCAAUUUGUUUUCUUUAUAUUCAAUUCAAUUCUUUCAAGUUUCAACUUCAGUGAAAGCAUUGGAGCAAGAGGAAGCCUAGCUAACGUGCUUGUGACGUCAAACUUCACAUGUCUUUGUAGUGGCCUAGUGGGUUUGUUAAUUUGUUUGUUAAUAUUGCAUUUCUUUCUUUCAGUUAAAGCAUCACUUCUUUUCUCUUUUCUUAAUUUUAAUAACCCAUCAAGAGUUGACAACAACAAGUGGUAACACAAUUUUCUCACUAAUACAAUUACAAACAAACCAUGAAGGCAUUUCAUGUGGAGCUUUGGUCAAUAUGGCUAUCUGGGUUUGUCUUAAUACUUCUCUCUCUAUACGCAACACAAAGAUUACCUUCAAUCAACAAGGAUCACACCAGCAUUUUCAAACUCAAUAAAAAUGAUGUUUUGGAUUCAAGAUACCUUAGCAUUACCAUAUUCACAGCUCCCAAGCCUUUUAUGGACUCUACUGGGACGAGACAGACGCUUGCUGUUCGGUCAUGGUUGGCUUUAUCUCCUCAUGUUACUGUUGUUUUGUUCAGCCAACACCCUUCUGUUGCCUCAUUUGCAAGUUCUUUUGAUUCCGGCCUGGUUUCAGUUGAUAACGACAUCGAUUUCACCUUCCUUGGCAGUCCUUAUUUCCAUUCCAUGAUUGCGAAAUCACGCUCAUUCCCAUCAGACAUAUUCGUCAUCGUUGAUCCUGAAACAGUUAUCCUUUCUGGAUUCAUCUCCACCCUAAAUCAUGUCUAUAAAAUUGAUCGUGAUUGGCUUCUUGUGGCUUCACCUCAAAAUGCUUCAGCUCAAAAUAUUCUUCAGCUGCAGAAAAUACGAAAACAGAAUUGGCAGCGGAAUCAUUGUCAUAAUGCAGAAAGAAUGAUCAUGGCAUGGAAUAACAAAGAUACGCCUCUACAUAAUGGAGUUCUUCCACCCUUCAUCUAUGGUAAAGGUACACAUAACCGUUGGAUAAUUCAUGAGGCUAUUUCAUCUGAGUUCAGGUUUGUGUUUGAUGCUAGUUGGACCAUCACAAGUUUCAAUCUGAAUAAUACUACAUUUGGAAAUUCAGCUCGUUUAGAUGUUGAAAAUAGAGACUGGGAAUACAUUGGUAAUUCACAUUUAGGAGAACACUAUGGCUCAUUCUUCUAUAGUGAAGCUUAUUACUCAAACCUACCAAAACUUUUGACUUGUGAAAACCGUUACAUCAUGUUCGAUACGAAGAAAAACGUUGUCUAUCCAAUUGGACACCAAGGCAGAGUGAAAUUGUUGAAGGAAAAGCUUUUUCCUUCUCGGUUAAAAGAAAAUGCAAUGCAUUGCAUUGAUCCUCAGAAAUCAAUGAGAAUAAUGUUGGAUUGUUCUCUAAAGGAUCAGAAGAAAAUUUCAGCCUCUUUGGAGCUUCCAUUUUCCUUAGAAUCACUUUUGUCUAUCACUGCAGACAGAAAUAAAACAGUUGUUCUUACUGUUGCUGGUUAUAGCUAUAAGGAUAUGCUAAUGAGUUGGGUUUGCAGAUUAAGAAAAUUGUCCAUUGAAAAUUUUAUCGUCUCUGCCCUUGAUCAGGAAACUUAUCAAUUCUCCAUCUUGCAGGGAAUUCCAGUUUUCAAAGAUCCAAUAGCUCCAAGUGAUAUUAGUUUUGAUGAGUGCCACUUUGGAACAAAGUGUUUCCAAAGGGUGACAAAAGUGAAGUCAAGAAUUGUUUUGAAGAUACUCAAGCUAGGUUACAAUGUACUACUUAGUGAUGUUGAUACAUAUUGGUUCAGAAACCCUAUUCCCUUCCUAAACUCCUUUGGUCAUGCAGUUCUUGUUGCACAGUCUGAUGAAUACCAAGAACAAGGACCAAUAAACCUACCUAGACGUUUGAACUCUGGCUUCUAUUAUGCUCAUUCUGAUAAUCAAACAAUUGCAGCCAUAGAUAAAGUGGUGAAACAUGCAGAAACUUCAGGCUUAUCUGAACAACCAAGCUUCUAUGACAUAUUAUGUGGAAAAGGAGGAUCCAACCGUGUCAGUGAUAACAAAUGUGUAGAACCUGAAACAAAUGUGACAGUACAUUUCUUAGACAGAAACCUUUUUCCAAAUGGCGCAUACCAAAACCUGUGGCAAGAUAAAACCGUCAAAGCAACAUGUUUAAAAAAAGGAUGCUACAUUAUUCACAAUAAUUGGAUCAGUGGAAGGCUAAAGAAACUUACGCGCCAAGUUUUGUCAGGUUUAUGGGAGUAUGAUCCUAGUACAAGAAUGUGUCUGCAGAGCUAGCAUAGUAUCAAACCAUGGACGCAGAUUCCCCGCAGCA